AUGGGGCUCUUCCAGCUGAACAUGUAUGGCCGAGGCCGCACGCUACGAGUAGCCAUUACGAUUGCAUGCCAGCUUGCCUUCGUGCUCUUUGGUUAUGAUCAGGGUGUAUUUUCUGGUAUUGUUGGCAACGAAGACUUUAGACGGACCUUUGGCGAGCCUGGAAGCAGUCUAGAGGGUAUCAUCGUCUCCAUCUACAAUCUGGGCGCCUUUUCGGGAUGUGUUCUAAAUUUCUUCACUGGCGAGAGAAUGGGCAGGAGGCUGUGCAUGUGGGUGGCCAUGGGCUGGAUUAUCGUCGGCGCUAUCCUGCAGACAACAGCCUACUCCGUACCACAGAUCCUUGUAGCUCGUUACAUCACUGGCAUCGGCACUGGUAUCGAAACAUCGACUGUCCCUAUGUAUCAAAGCGAGCUUUGUGACGCAGACAAGCGCGGCCGCCUGGUGUCCUCGGAACCACUCUUCGUUGGCGUAGGCAUUGUGAUCGCCUACUUCUUCGACUACGGAAUGUCCUACGUUGGCGGUCCAGCAGCGUGGCGAGUUCCAAUUGCAUGUCAGAUCAUCUUCGCCAUCGUCGUCAUAAUUUUGGUGUUUGGCCUCCCAGAAUCGCCACGCUGGCUGUAUGCUCGUGGAGAGAACGAGAAGGCUAUGGCUGUCAUGUGUGACGCAUGGGGCAGCGAGCCAGAUGGUCCCAAGGUAGUGAAAAUGCAAGACGAAAUCUUGGGCGCGCUUGAGCUCGAAAGAAAAACCGGCGAGUACAGAUGGCGGGACAUUCUCAAACGCGACGAAGUGCAGACUGGCCGACGUGUGCUAUUGGCAUACGGCAUGCAGUUUAUGAACCAGAUGGGUGGUAUCAACCUUGUUGUCUACUUCGUCCCUUCGGCACUGGAGUUCAAUGUAGGUCUGACGCACAAUCUAUCCCUCCUUAUCGGCGGUGCAGUGCAGUGCAUGUUCUUCGUUGGCUCACUGCUACCGACAUUCUUCUUGGACAAGAUGGGACGACGACGACCUGCGAUGUGGGGCUCUCUAGGCCUUGCGAUAUCCAUGAUGAUGCUCUCGGUCCUUCUCAGCUUCAAUCGCGACCCUGCGACGCCACUCAGCACCAGGACUUCCGAAGCUAGUAUCGCUUUCUUCUUCACGUACAUGUUGAUCUUUGGUGCGACUAUGAAUUGCAUACCAUGGGUCUACGUGCCAGAGAUUCUGCCUCUCCAUGCACGAGCAAAGGGAACAGCUAUUGGUAUCUCGUCCAAUUGGCUAUGGAACUUCGUGGUUGUUAUGAUCACUCCUACCCUGAUUCAGAAUCUGGCAUGGAAAGGCUAUCUGAUCUUCAUGGCUCUCAACUUAUCCUUCAUUCCGUUUAUCUACUUCUGCUACCCAGAGACAUCCAACCUCACACUGGAAGAAAUCGACUUCUUGUUCACCAAAGACGGCAAUACGGGACUUCGAAAGUUCGGCAGGCGCUCGCAGCCCGUCCAGGAGAGCUUGAAGCCAAACGAGCAGAUUCAGCGGGAGAUAGAUGUCGAAAAGGCUGGCGGCACCUUCUCGGGUGGGCAAGUGGAUCAUGUCGAUAAGAUCGACGACAAGGCUUCAUGA